CUUGCUUUAAGAGUUCUGGUUCGCUGCUUAAUUAUGGCUUCCAAGAGGAUACAGGAGUUAAAGGACUUGGAGAUGGACCCGCCCCUGUCAUGCAAUGCAGGUCCUGUUGGUGAGGACAUGUCCCAUUGGCAAGCCACCAUUAUGGGGUCUGCUGAUAGCCCAUUUGCAGGCGGUGUAUUUUUAUUUAAUAUUCGCUUUCCACCGGAUUAUCCCUUCAAGCCACCAAAGAUGACUUUUCUAACAAAAGUCUAUCACCCAAAUUUCGACAGCGAUAACGGCAGCAUCUGCCUUGACAUUCUGAAGAAGGAAUGGAGUCCUGCUUUGACAAUAUCUAAGGUGCUGUUGUCGAUAUGCUCUCUCCUCACUGAUCCCAACCCUGAUGAUCCUUUGGUUCUUGAGAUCGCUCAAGUUUACAAGACUGAUCGAGUCAAGUACGAGGCCACUGCCAUGUCAUGGACUUAG